UUAUUAUCACCAACUUCAUCGCCAUACAAUACAGGAGUUAGGGUAUUAUUAUCACCAACUUCAUCGCCAUACUGUACAGGAGUUAGGGUAUUAUUAUCACCAACUUCAUCGCCAUACUGUACAGGAGUUAGGGUAUUAUUAUCACCAACUUCAUCACCAUACUAUACAGGAGUUAGGGUAUUAUUAUCACCAACUUCAUCGCCAUACUGUACAGGAGUUAGGGUAUUAUUAUCACCAACUUCAUCGCCAUACUGUACAGGAGUUAGGGUAUUAUUAUCACCAACUUCAUCGCCAUACUGUACAGGAGUUAGGGUAUUAUUAUCACCAACUUCAUCGCCAUACUGUACAGGAGUUAUUGAGGAGUUUGGCUUUAAGUACAUUUAG